AACGGUUUGUUUCACAGAUGGGGGCUAGAUAUGGUCACGAGGUAUUGGAAAAUCAACAGCUUAUAAAGAAGGGUUUACCUGUCAAUUCGUAUUUAUAUAAAGUCCCCAAACCCGGUGAACGAUUUAGUUACAUUGUAGUAGUACCUGAAGAGAUUUAUGAUAAUUGCAGAAAAAAAAUAUUACAGAAAAAAGGAGACUGUAUGGAAUAUCCAGAUGUGGUAAAAAAGUUUAACAAGAAAAUAAAUAUUGAUUAUUAUACCGAGAGUUUAUUUGCCCUCUGUGCCCGUUUUAUAAAUUAUGAUGAUAAAUACCAACCAUCGCCCGAAUCUCUAGCAAAAGCCUUGGACCGUAAAAAGAAAUCAAAGGAGAAGAAAUCGAAAAACGUUAAGGAUUUAUUGCAAAGCAGUGACUCUCUGAGUCUAGAUGAGGAUGAAAUAGCAAAUAUCAAAGAUGUAGAGUCGCAGAAAUUGGCUAAAAAGUGGCUUAAAAAUUAUAUCAAGAACUUAUGUGAUGCCCCGAAAAAAGAUGAAACCAUUAUCUCCCAUUUAUGGAAAGACACUACCACCCACGCUCAAAAAAUAUGUUCCAGUAUUAGCAAAGCUGGCGUAACCAGACCUUCAGGUGCCCCUACGAGGUAUAAUGACUACCUUAAUUUGUUAAAUAAAAUUGCAGAUUCUAUUCGUUUAAAGUUAUCAGAUCUACUUUCAAAAUUAUCUAAGCUCAAUGUAGAAUAUAGAAAUGGGUUGUACGGGUUAAUUAUGCAGGUGCAGAAAUGUAAACCUGAUAUUACAAUUUUGGAACAAUAUAUAUUUCGAUAUAAUCUGGAAUCAGAGUGUGAAGCAUUAAUAGAUUUCCGAAAUACAUGGUACAGGGUAAUUGGUCUUGAGUUUGCACGACUUCAAGCACUAUCAAUUAUGCAGAAAA